UUUCGGUCCCACUUCUCUCACACCAAACACACUACAAACAAAAGCAAACUGGCACACCAGAAAAUCCAUCACAAACUUCAAACUUGACAGCCUCCAUUCAUCUUCAACCUCUACCUUCUUCAUCCUUCUUCAACCCACAAAAAUGGCUUCCAAAUCUCAAGAUUCACAAAACCCUGAUACAAAAACACCACCAGAAACCCACUCUCACCUCCCCAUUAUCCCUUUCACAUCGAUCACACUUUCUCUCUCUAAAUUCACACCUACCCAUUUCAUCUCUCCACCAACAAUCUCACCUACCCCUCAAAAAAUCCCUGUAACCCUCAAAAUCCCAUCUCAAAUCGCUUCAAUUUUCAACCUUUCUCUCUCUUCAUCUUCACUUUCCGUUACAAAAUCGGUAACAAAAUCAACCGUCUCCGCAAACCCUCUUUCAAACCCAUUAUCUCUCAACCCCCGCCGCCCCUCCGACCCAUCCAGCGCCGCCGCUCUCCGCCGUGUCUCCGUCGUCUGGUUCCGUAACGAUCUCCGUGUUCAUGAUAACGAGUCUUUGAAUUCUGCUAACAAUGAGUCGGUUUCGGUUUUACCGGUUUAUUGUUUUGACCCGAAUGAGUUUGGGAACUCGUCGUUCGGGUUCGAUAAAACCGGGCCCAACCGGGCGAAUUUCUUGAUCGAAUCGGUUUCGGAUUUGAGGAAGAAUUUGCAGGCUAGAGGGUCGGAUCUUGUGGUCCGAAUUGGGAAGCCCGAAACCGUUUUAGCUGAAUUGGUGAAGGAAGUUGGGGCAGAUGCAGUAUAUAUGCAUAGAGAGGUGUCUAAUGAGGAAUGUAAAGGGGAACAGAAGAUUGAGACUGUGUUGAAAGAUGAAGGGGUGGAGGUUAAGUACUUUUGGGGAAGUACAUUGUAUCAUAUUGAGGAUUUGCCGUUUAAAUUGGAAGAAAUGCCGACGAAUUACGGUGGGUUUAGGGAGAAAGUGAAGGGUGUGAAAGUAAGGAAUACUAUUGAGGUUCUUGAUCAGUUGAAGGGGUUGCCGUCUGGUGGUAAUGUGGAACCUGGUGAGAUUCCUUCUUUGGCUGAUUUGGGGCUUAAUCCUACUGCUAAUAUGACUCAGGUCAAACCGGUUAUCAAUGGUCCUCUUAUUGGGGGCGAAACUGAAGCAUUAAACAGGCUUAAAAAAUUUGCAAGCGAAUGCCAAGCCCAACCUCCAAAAGAAAGCAAAGACGGAAAUAACGAUAGCGUUUAUGGUGCAAGUUUUUCUUGUAAAAUCUCUCCAUGGCUUGCAAUGGGAUGUGUUUCUCCUCGAGCUGUGUUUGAUGAAUUGAAAAAAUCUACUUCCCGAACAAUUUCUGCUGGCUCAAACAGAAAAGAUGGUGGUGAUUCUGGGAUGAAUUGGUUGAUGUACGAGCUCAUGUGGAGGGACUUCUUCAGAUUCAUCACGAGGAAAUACAGUUCGUCGAAACAACAAAACAAGACUCCGGUCGCAGCUUGAUUGUUGAAGCUGUCAUAAAUUCUUAUUGGUCAUUGAUCUCCUAUUUGAUCAAAAAUUCAAAAUACACAUUCAUGUUUCUGCAAAUGUUCUUUGUAUCAUUUAUUCUAGAGAUGUUUUAAGAGUUGGUAUUCUGUGUAAUGUUGGAAUUUUGGUUUGUUGAAAGUCAAUGUUACAUCAACAUUGCUUUUGGAACAAGAUUUUGACCCUAAAACCAUUGAUAUGAAAAGACCAUACUCUGCUUUAUUUGCUU